AUGGGUCAAACUAAAAAAAAGCCUGAUUCACAUAUAUGCAACACCCAAAUGACUUCCUUAUACGAGCUGACCCAAUUUGUAUUCAAUACUCCAAAUUCCAAUGAUGUUAUUUCAAAUAUUCUCGCUCUUCUAUCACAGUCAUAUUGCGUUGAUUCAACGACUUUCAAAUGUGUUUUAGCUUUGAUAAAUAUAACUGAUUAUAAUGUACUUGUGAGAGAAAGGCAUAUGAACCACAGAUGUGCUUACCCAUUGUGUUCUAAAGAAAUAUCUAAUACAUUACCAAACGGUUAUUUGGCAGACUAUUGCGGGGAUUAUCACUUUGAUUGUUCCCAAUUUGUCAUCACACAGUUAGCCCAAUUUCCAAGAUGUGGGUUGGAGUUAUGGAAAAGACAAUUAAGUGCAGGUGAAAAGAAUCCAGGAAGAAUGAUUCUCUUUGAGGAGUUACUACAAGAUAAAGUUAUUGAAAAUGACGUAAAUUCACUGACCACUGAUAUGAAUAUAUUUAGAUUAAGGUAA